AGAACAAAAACAAACUCGGAGGGUAACUGGUGAAGGAAGACAAAAUCUGUCAAAAAUUUUCAUUCAUGUAGUGAUCGUUUAGAAGAGUGGAUUGCUUAUAUCGUGUAGCUUGGCAGAAUUUGAUGCAACAUCUAAUAUUUCGCUAAAAUCUAUUUGAUUUGUUCAACUGUACAGUAUAGUAACUUAGAUACAAGAAUAAUAUGUUUGUUUCUUAGAAGCCGGAAAAUUGAAGACGUGUUUCAUAAAUGUUGAAAUGUGAAGCAAACUUACACAACCCACUGCAACCAAAUUCUGGUGCAGGCAGUGGGACUGCUAAUAAUUUCUGCGGUCGGAAAAUGACGACGAAUGAGCUUAGCGUGAUCAAUUGGACGAAGGAAAACGUGGCUGAGUGGGCUCGCAAAGAAUGCCUGAAUCGAAGAAUUAUCGAGUGUGUAGUAAAGGAAGAUAUAGAUGGAAAAUGUUUGCUGACGUUAUGUGAGAAUGAUAUUAAAAGUUUACGUGAAAAAUAUGCAUAUGCUCUAACGCUGGGUGAUAUGAAGCGUUUCUGGUUUGCAGUGCGAUCAGUUCAAAGGCAGAAUGUCACGACAUUGGCCUAUUUGGGUAUGUUACCGGGAAGUAGUAGUGAUGGAAUAGUUGCAUCGGUGGGACAUCAGCACUCAUUGUUGUCUAGUCUUGGCACUAGCUACGCCUCGGCAGAUAUAAACUACAGUGACCUAGAACGCAUUUCUCCACCAAUGUCAAUCGAUGGCAGAGCGACCUGCAUACAGCCGGAAUUCUUUAAGACGAUGAUUAGUUUAGGUUAUGCUUUCUUGGUUACGUGGAUAACUGCCUUCGUGAUGGUGGUGGUACAUGAGCGGGUGCCAGAUAUGAAAAAAUACCCACCUCUGCCAGACAUUUUCCUCGAUAAUGUUCCGCACAUUCCCUGGGCUUUCCACAUGUGCGAGGUUACCGGCACCCUGCUUUUCUGCCUCUGGGUAUGCGUGAUGAUAGUUCAUAAGCAUAGAAUGGUUCUGGUUCGUCGGUUUUUCGCCUUGGCGGGAACUGUUUUUCUACUGCGUUGUGUAACAAUGCUUAUUACGUCCUUGAGUGUUCCCGGAACGCAUCUGGAAUGCACUCCUCAUGAUCACAAAUUCGAAGAUAGCACUAGUGUUAAAAUCUCCGAAAUGAUCUACCUUCGUAUCAGCCGGGCAUAUACCAUUUGGAGUGGUUUAGGAAUGUCCAUUCAGGGAGUGCGAACAUGCGGCGAUUAUAUGUUUAGUGGCCAUACGGUGGCUUUAACUCUGCUAAAUUUUUUUAUAACUGAAUAUACUCCUCGUAAUUUGUAUUUUCUUCACACAUUGACCUGGCUGCUAAAUAUGUUUGGGAUAUUUUUCAUAUUGGCUGCGCACGAACAUUAUUCCAUCGAUGUGUUUGUUGCAUUUUACAUAACAUCCCGGCUGUUUCUCUACUAUCACACAUUGGCCAACAAUCAGGCGUUGAUGUCCCAUGAUUCCAACCGGACGCGUGUUUGGUUCCCCAUGUUCAGCUACUUUGAGAGUUCCGUAGACGGUAUUAUUCCAAAUGAAUACGACACCGUGUACGAGGUGCUGUGUAAGAUAUUUGACUGCGUGCUGUGUGUCAAGGAUUCAUGCAUGUUAACGGCUCGACGCUUCUGGAUUGCUCAUGGUAAUAUCGAUGCGCUGCGAGAAAAACAAAAGUAUUUCCUUAGCACAAACUCACAGUUGUUAUUCCAAAAUAAUCUCAACCAAAAUGGUACAACGGGAUCCGCACCAGAAAAGAAACCCUCCAAAUGCAACAACAUAAGCGCUGAUGCUAGUGCAAUUCUGAAGAGAAAAUCGUACGGUGUAGUCACGGAAAAAACUGUUAAUGAAGAUGAUGAAAAAGCGAACGAAUCGGACAAGAAAGAUCUGUAAAACACAUCGGUCAGUAAACAGAUCAUUUCAAUCUGUUCGUUUAGCAUCCAAAUUAAUUUUUAAGUAGUGUUUAAGCAAAUGGGAAUGCUACAAAAUAAGAAAAUAUUCCGUUGUUUAAUUUAUUCAUAGUUAACUUAUUGUUAAUAGUAAGAACAUACCACACGAUAGUUAGUAUUGAAAAGACUCAAUAAAUUUACGGCUAUCAUUUGUUUUUUUUCUGUUUGCGGGACAUUAAAGUAAAUGUAGUAUUUGUGAUACAUUUUGACAGAAUUUUGGUAAGUCCUUAAUUCUUCCAUUGUUCUACGAAACAAUAUCAAGCAGUAAAAUAAGGAUGACUGAUCUCCAAAUUCAAUUCAUUUUAUUACUCAGUACUGCUCAUAAACGCAUAAGAGGCUUUUGCUAUCACGUUGUUUUAUGAACAGUAUUCAUAUUUGCUAUGAAAACAGAAGCAGUAGAACAUAUUUCCAACAAUAUGAAACUAUACAUACAAAGAUAUACUUUUUCAUAGAAUAUGCGUAUUUUCAUUAAGUCAGUGGCAACCAAAACGAACACAGAUCUUCCUCUCCGAGCCUGUUAAUUAGAAUAUCAAUUUGUUAAGUUGACGAUUUAAUACCAUUGAUUGUAAGAUGCAGAUGCAUUAGAACACUUAUCUAGUCUCGAAACAAUGUAUUUAUCAUACAAGAAAUCAUUAUCUUUCCAAUAAUCCUAGAGGUUCAUCUACACUUUUAUAGUUUUCCAAAGCUCACGAAAAAGAACCUGGAACAAAUAUUUGCAAAAUAGAUUUACAAAUUUAGUAGCGCACAUUUUGACAUAUUUCCGAAAGAACUAUUUUUAUCAUUCUGUAUUGUUAAAAUGAAAUAUCGUUAAAUGAUGGCUAUUGAACAAAAUCGUGUUAUGUAUUGACAUUGCAUGAACAAUACUAUUUUUAAAAAUGUC